GCCGGGCCGGCCGCGGCAGCUCUGUAAGGGAACAGCCGGGCCGGGAGGAGGGAGCGGCAGAGGCGCCCCCGCCCGACCCGCCCAGCGGCUGUUCCUGGCUGCGGCUCGGUAUCGGGCGGGGACCGGAGCGUGGCAGUUGAACCAUCCGCGGUGAAUGAGCGACGCCGGCCGCUGCGGGGGCGGGGAAGGCUGACAGCGAUCCCCUCCCACCCUCGGGGACCUGACGGGGCCGGCGGGUGGCGCCGAGGGCGAGGACGGCUCCCCAGCGCAGGCGGUCCGUCACCACGCCUGAGCCGCGCAGCGACCGCCUCAGCCCAGCUGGAGCCCGGGGGGCCGGCAGCGGCCCGGCCCCUUGGCAUGUCUGCCGCCGCCCGAGUGUCCGUAGCGCCCCCGGAGCAGCAGGUUGGGGGGCCAGAGACUGGCGGGGGCUCGGGACAGACUCGCUCCCAGGAGCUGGGGGAGACGGGACAGGAGCUGCCGGAGCCCAGCCAGGUGUUGCCGGAGGUGGAUGAAACCGCGGAGAGCAGCGGUAGCCGAGAGGCGGAUCCCCCAGGGCAGGACGAGAAGCAACGGCAGUGGCAGGUGGUCGAGGCCCCCCUGCCCAAGGAAAACCCCUGGACCAGGAGAAAACCUAUCCCCAGAAGCCCGUCCCCGGCAGUAGCGGACACCCAACUCGUCCUGCAGGACUCAGAACGGCCAAGUUCCACUAAAGUUAUAAAAGCGGGGAAACCAAAGACCAGGAAACCCAGCAAGGCUAGUGACUUCAAUGAUAUCACAAAUUGGCCGACACCAAGUGAAAUAGCAAACAAUGAACAAUAUCUCUUGCAGUGCAAAACCAUAAAUCAUCAGAAUAAAAAGCCACUAAAUAAAAAAGAAAAGGAGGAGAAAACUGAAAAGAGAGCUACCACUGAAAUUGAGAACCUGCAAGCAAAGCCAGAUGGUCCUGAAGAAAAUGUCAGUGAAGAUGAGGCUCAGUGUAACAAUCAAAGGAAAAAAGGUAACAAGCAGAAGUGGGUACCACUUCAUUUAGAUGAUGUAAGACCAGAUAGCCAAGAAGGAACAGGCUCUCGAAAUAGUUCAAGAUCUCAGCCAGAAACAAGCAAAGUAGUGCCAUACAACAACAGACGAAACGAGUCAAGAACUUGGCGCCGUGAUAGAGAGAAGAGAGAUGACCAUGAUGAAGUUUCCAGUGUGAGAAGUGAGGGUGGCAGCAUUCGAGGAUUCUUUAGAGGCAGAGGAAGAGGGCGUGGCAGAGGAAGAGGCCGUGGCAGAGGAAACCCUCGAAUGAACUAUGAGUAUUCGUAUGGUUACCAAGAACUAUAUGGUGAAAGGACCAAUCAGCCAUUUCAACCAGACCUUAAUAGUAGUAUGAUGUAUUACUAUGACGAUGGAACAGGAGUACAAAUGUAUUCUGUGGAUGAAGCACUGCUCAAAGAAUACAUUAAACGUCAAAUUGAGUAUUAUUUCAGCAUAGAAAAUUUGGAAAGAGACUUUUUUCUGAGGAGAAAGAUGGACCAACAAGGAUUCUUGCCGAUUUCUUUAAUUGCCAGCUUCCAUCGUGUGCAAGCUCUGACUACAAAUGUUAACCUAAUUUUAGAGGCCCUAAAGGACAGUACAGAGGUGGAAAUAGUGGAUCAGAAGAUGAGAAAAAGGGUAGACCCAGAAAAAUGGCCAAUUCCUGGUCCACCUUCACGAAAUCAGCCACAAACUGACUUUUCUCAACUCAUCAACUGCCCAGAAUUUAUACCAGGCAAAGCUUUUGGCUCACAUACUGAGUCUGCACCAAGUUCUCCAAGAAUGGGAAGCCCAAAGAAAAGCACUGAAACAAGUAACCUUCAAACAAUGUCUAAAGGAUUGUCGACAAGCUUGCCAGAUCUGGACUCUGAGCCUUGGAUAGAAGUGAAAAAGAGGCAUCGUCCAUCCCCAGUCAAACUAAAGGAGUCUGUGCAUACACUUGAUCACACACCAAGUCAGCAACAGCAGGCCCCACCUUCACAGGAACAAGAACAAGAAGAGCUUGAUUUUUUGUUUGAUGAGGAGAUGGAACAAAUAGAAGGUCGCAAAAAUACAUUUACUGAUUGGUCAGACAAUGAUUCAGAUUACGAAAUUGAUGACCGCGAUGUAAACAAAAUUUUGAUUGUAACACAGACACCACCUUAUAUGAGAAAACAUCCUGGUGGAGAUCGCACUGGCAACCAUGUGUCUCGUGCAAAAAUUACAUCGGAACUUGCUAAAGUCAUUAAUGAUGGUUUAUACUAUUAUGAACAGGAUUUGUGGAUGGAGCAGGGUGAAAAUGAUUCUACAGCCUUAAAGCAAGAGGUUGAAAACUUUAAGAAACUAAAUCUCAUCAGUAAAGAAGAGUUUGACAGUCUUACACCUGAGCCAAACCAGGAAGUUCCUCCAGGGCCUCCAAGGUCACAACAAGAUUUAACAGAUGAGCUAGUUUGUAAAUUGUUUGGUGUUAUAGAAGUACCUCCAACAACAAUGGCUCGUUCACUGCCAACAGCAGUCCCUGAAUCUCCAAGAGUUCAUCCUGCCAGAACACCCAAAACACCUCGUACCCCAAGGUUACAAGAUCCCAACAAAACGCCAAGAUUCUAUCCUGUUGUUAAAGAAACAAGAUCCAUUGAUGUAAAGAUUCCAAGAAAAAGAAAAACACGACAUAGUACAAACCCUCCGCUAGAAUGCCAUGUUGGUUGGGUAAUGGAUUCCAGAGAUCACAGGCCAAGAACAUCUUCUGUGAGCAGUUCAAAUGCUUCGCCUUCAGAAGGUGCUCCAAAGGCAGGGAGUUAUGGGUGUACCCCUCACUCACUUCCCAAGUUCCAGCAUCCUUCUCAUGAACUUCUAAAGGAAAAUGGCUUUACACAACAAGUGUACCACAAAUAUCGUCGAAGGUGCCUCAUUGAGAGAAAACGGUUGGGAAUUGGCCAAUCCCAGGAAAUGAAUACACUCUUUCGUUUCUGGUCCUUUUUUCUCAGAGAUCACUUUAACAAGAAAAUGUACGAGGAAUUCAGACAGCUUGCUCUAGAUGAUGCAAAAGAACACUACAGGUAUGGAUUGGAAUGCUUGUUUAGAUUUUACAGCUAUGGUUUGGAAAAAAAAUUCAGACAAGAGAUCUUCAAGGACUUCCAAGAAGAAACAAAAAAAGACUAUGAAUCUGGUCAGCUUUAUGGAUUAGAAAAGUUUUGGGCUUAUCUGAAAUACUCUCAAUCCAAAACUCUACCCAUUGAUCCCAAACUGCAGGAGUACCUUUGUAACUUUAAGAGACUGGAGGACUUCAGAGUUGAUCCUCCUCUUAGUGAAAUAUCUGGGAGAAAAAGACCUUCAGCUUCAGUAGGUGAGGAGAGUGGUUGGCAUAGACAUCAGCCUACAUCCUCUUCUAAGACUCUAAUUGCUUCUGAAACCACAGCUGACAAUCAGUUUCAGAUCCCAGUAAACUUUCAUGAUGGGAAUACUGCGCAGGAAUCAAUUGACAAGUUAAGCAAGAACAGUGCUGCCACAAAAUCAACAGAAGGUGACAUAUCUGAAAAAUAGACUUAAGACAAGUUAGUGCUCUUGAGGUCAACUUUUACAUCAAUAUUUUAGUUCAGAAAUUUUCAGGGGGAACUGUUCUAAUGCUUGAUUAAAAAACAAAUGUAUGGGAAGACAAAGGAUUGCAUUUUCUCUUUCACAAGUAAGUUCAAAAACAUUUCCAAUGGUUGAGGGUGGCUGGUUCUGAGAUUAUCAAAGGGUUUCUAGGAAAAUGUCUAUGGUUUCAGUAUUGCUUUCCUUGAGCUAUUGUUUACAAAAACGGCAUUCUUAUACUAUAUGCAAAAAAUAUUUUGGGGAUGCCUUACAUUUUAGCUCAUACUUCUUAAAGAAGAUACUACAUAUCCAUGUUACUUACUGAGCUUUCUUCACCUAAUUUCCCCAUUAUGAAUUAUUAAUUGUACGUAUCAAAGCCAAAAGAGUGUAUAUUUUUUUAAAUUACAGAAAGGAUCUAAGUUUGUAGGCUCCUUCUUACAUAUAUAACGAUAAAAAAAAAUUUGCUUUUUUGUAAAAAGUAAAAGCACCUUUACGGAUGUGAAGCUGUACGGAACUGUGUGCGCUUCUGGAUUCUAUUUAAUUAUUUUGCUUUCUAUUUUUUAUUUCAGGAUCUCCAUAGUUAGUGUUUUGUUAGGUGUGGAGUUUUCUGAGUGGACAUCAGCUGGUUUAGUUUUAAGGAAGUGUUCAACAUUUGUUUUUAUAUGAUUGUGAGCAGAAGGGGAAAGUGGGUAUGUUGAUUUAUGUACUGUCCUAAAUUCACUAAAUAUCUGCAGUUUUUGCAGGUUGCUAAAAUAGCAAAUAACAUUCAAAUCAUCCUCCGUUUCAUAGAGGUUCUUGUUUUUUCAUUUCUCUCUAUUUCAUGGUUAUAAAGUGUGCUACGAGAGGUAUAGCAGAUCAAUUUUUUUAAAGAUUUUAAUUUCAACUCAAAUAUUUAGUUUUACUUUUGAGACAAAUUUAAAAAUUAAAGUAUGCAUUCUAAAUUUGUUUUUCUAUUUUAGAAUGUAUGUAAAUGAAGUUAUAAUUUAAAAUUCUGCUAGCUAUAAGACUAAAUGAGAUUUCAACAAACUGGUCAAGACAUUAGUUUCAUUAAAUGUAAACCAAUUCAAAUAAACAUUCAUUUCUAGUGUUGGGAUACGAGUAAAAUCACGAGUUUUAUCACCUGUAAUUACUUACUAACUUCAUUUAUUUUGAUUUAAAGAUUUAGUAUAACUGAGGAAAUGACUUCUUUCUAAGGUAGGUGGGAAGAUAGGAAUGAGUUAUUUUUUGCUAUACUUGUUAACUGCCAAACAGCCUUCAGUUAACUUUAUAACUAGAAGUAAUGUCUAACACUGAUGCCUUAAUACUGGGAGGGAGGUGUCCUAAAUGACUCAACAUCCAAAGAAUGAGUUUUAAAUUUGUAGUGGAUUUUAGAAGUUGAUGCAACUUCAAGUCCAUUAAAAUUUCAGUCAAGUUAGCUUGUGAAUCUGAAUAGAACAAUUAUGAACACACACGCACUUGUAAAUGAGUAUAUAGCAGUGGCCUUCCUAAUAGUUAGAGUAAUUUCAAUACAAAAUUGAGCCUUUUAGAAGUAACUUAUUUUAAAAGGAAAAUAGGAACUAACAUAAUAGGAAUUGAUACAAAUGAACAUUUUAAAUAGCAUCUUUUCAACAUACUAGUCAUAUAUCUCAUAUCUAUGUUUGAUCCAUGCCUCUUUCUAUUCAUGAAAAUGAUGCAAAUGUAAAUUUGGAUUGAAACUGUAUAUACAAGUAAUAGACUUUGAAUAUUUAGCGUUCAGUGUGUGUAAUUUGUGGUAUAUCUUUGCAAAUUUUAUAAAAAUAUCAAAAACCCCAAUUGUGUUGUUCGUGAUCUGUAAAAUUAUACAUGAAAACCUUGUUUAAAGCUAAGAUUGUAGACUUGUAUCAACUUUACUUUUAUAGGUGAGUGAAGGUAUUUGUUAUGAAAUUUAAUCUUGUUAAAAUUAGGAAUGGCUUGAUUCUCCAAUUCAUAACCAGUUUUCUGCAGUUUUGAUAGAAUCAUUUUCAUAUCAUCCUGUUUUUGGUUUAAAACAGAGGCAGGUAACAUGCUAAACAUGGCCCUAAGCAGAAGACUUUGAUAUGAAUUAGCUUCUUCUUUUUCCCUCAAAAACAAAUACAACUCCCUCCUGCAACCAUCUAUAAUUGCAGCACCAUAUCUCUCCCCAUAACUCCUUCUGAGUAUCCAGUAUAUACACCAUCACCAGUAUUAGAUAAUACCCAACACUGGAAAUAAUUCUUAGUUGAAAUGUAUUGCAUAUAUUUUAGUGGAAUUCCAUGAUUUAAAGUUACUUUUUCCUGGAGAAAAUGUGUGAAUGGUAAGAAAGCACUGUUGCAGAAGUGGAUAUGACUUUUUGUAAGCAGCAAGCAGUACACCUACUUUUCUUGAGGUGGAAGAUGUAGCUUACUGUCUUCAACGCGAGAUUGACUGACUGUGUAACUUGGAGUAUGGUAUAUUUAUAAAAUUCCUAAAAAUGUAGGAAUCCAAGUAGUUAAAUUGUUUGGACAAAUGUGCUAUUUUUUUUUUUUUUUUACAAAUCCCCGUUGUAAAUAAUCUUGCAAUUUAGUAUACAUACCUGGGAUCUGCCAUCUCUUGAAUUUCUGAUCUUUCCAGCUCUUAGAAUAUUGUGAGUUGACUGAAUCAUAUAUAGUUGAUGAAAAGCUUCAAACUCUGCCUCUUCAUUUGAAAGAAAAGUUUCUCAAACUAAUUCAACAGCAAUCUGCCUUUCAGUCUAGAUGUUAGCUUUUGGCUCAUGCCGCUGCUUGGGGCUUAAUGCUGUAAUUAAGCUAGCCCAAAAUGCCUACUUAGCUCAAUUUGCAGCACUUCUUUUCAAAGAACUAUUCCUGCUUGAUUCUGUGCACUGAGUGGAAGCCUUUGAAGUUGUUGCAGCUCUGAUGUACAAAAUCAAUAACUUUUAAAAAUCCAGUUUACUAUUUAAUAUUUAGGUAGUGACAUAAGUUUCUCUAGUGCUGUACAGAACUAAUUCACAGUCACUGCCCAAAGGCCUUUCAUUUAUAUUAGACAAGUGCAGGAAAUGAUAUUACACAGUAGGGAUAAGGAAAAGAACAAAUAAGAAAAAAAAUGGGGAGAGGGGGGAUAUUGAUAUCUAAAAUUUCUUUUAAACAUUUUUUGUGAAUGUGGCAACAGUAAAAUAGAUGUGCAAAGUCAGGCAAAGGGGAGUAGGUUUUAAAGGGAGGAUUUUAAAGUAGAGACAGACACCUUCUGCAAAAGAAGCAGUGACUCAGAAAAAGAUUUGGGGGGUCAUGGUGAAUAAUCAGCUGAACAUGAGCUCCCAGUGUGAUUCUGUGGCUACUGCACAGCCCUCAGAUGCAUCAACUGUAAUCUUGAGUAGGAGAAGUGGCUAUUUUACCUCUGUAUUUGGCACUGCUGCUACCACUGCUAGAAUGCUGUAUCCAAUUCUGAUGUCCACAAUUCAAGAAAGAUGUUGGUAAAUUGGAGCGGAUUCAGAGAGAAAAGUCAUGAAAAUGAUUAAAGGAUUAAAAAACAUACCUUAGGGCUUGUCUACAUUACCCACAGGAUCGACGGGCAGCGAUCGAUCCAGCAAGAGUCUCUUUAUUGCAUCCAAUCUUGACGUGAUAAAUUGACCACUGAGCGCUCUCCCAUCGACUCCAGUACUCCCCUGGAGCGAGAGGCACAGGCGGAGUUGAUGGGGGAGCGUGAGCUGUCAACUCACUGCAGUGAAGACACCGCGGUGAGUAGAUCUAAGUACGUCGACUUCAGCUACGCUAUUCACUUAGCUGAAGUUGCGUAACUUAGAUCGAUUUCCCCCACCUCACCCCUGAUUGUAGACCAGGCCUUAGUGAUAGACUCAAAGAGCUCAAUCUGUUUAUCUUAAAGAGAAGGUUAAGAGGUAACUUGAUUGCAAUCUAAGUACCUACAUUGGGGGCAAAUAUUUAAUGGGCUCUUCAGUCUAGCAAAGAAAGGUGUAACAUGUUCCAGUGUGGCUGGAAGUUGAAGCAAGGUGUAAAUUAAUAACGGCAAGAGUAAUUAACUACUGAAACAAUUUACCAAGGAUUGUGAUAGAUUCUCCAUCACUGGCACUUUUAAAAUCAAGACUGGAUGUUUUUCUAAAAGAUGCUCUAGGAAUUAUAUUGGGGAAGUUCUACAGGCUGUGUUCCACAGGUCAGAUUAGUUCAUCACAAUGGUCCCUUCUGUCAUAGGGACUCGAUGAACAGGAAAAGGUUAUUCCAGUCAACAGGCAGUUUGAAAAGAGCACCAGGAUCCAAGUGGGAGGGGUUAAAGGAGUAUCUAAGCAAGAAGAGGGACUAUAGGUCCUGAGAUGGGAAGUUAAUUAAAGAGGAAUGCAAGCGUAGUGUUGGAACAGCACUUUGAAAAUGAGGAUGAGGAAUUUAAACUUUAUGCAGAAAAACAAUCAAGGGUUUUGAGGAAGCAGGAAACUAGAACUCUUUUAGCAUCUUGUAAAAUUGUAGAUACAUUUUGUUUUUCCUGGGGAGUUUUUACUUGGCUUACUUUGAGCAGCAUCAGUUUCAAAGAUCCCAUUCCCUGCAUAGAAUGGAGCUGUAAUGGCAUGUUGAAUAGAAUGAGUUGGAUAAGCAGUUAAAAUGUGGGCCAUCUAUAAUCAAAUGAUGGAUGCAUGGAGGGUACAAGGGCUAUUAACUCAAUAGCGAUUGAAUUAAUUCAAACGUAUACCCUGGGCCCAAAUUCACAGCUGGAGAAAAAACUUUAGUCAUUUAGUCCAGCAGUGAAUUUGGCCCAUCAUGGAGAAACUCGUUGUGAAAUUUGUUAGAAGUAUUAAAAAACUCAUUUAAAAAAUCAGCUCAUUCCAGUACCUGCAUGAAUGUUGUUCAGAAGACAUGUAAAACAUUUUGGGAUGAGAAAGAGACAGUUGGAAAAGCAUUACUGUUUGAUAAACAAAGGAGGCUAAUGUUCUGCACAGAGUGAGAGCAAAGAGUAAAUCUGCAAAUCAAGCCUCAAGUGUAGUCUUUAAAUCUUAAUUUUCCCAUGUGCCUUGGAUCAGAAAUUUUCAGCUGCACUGCCUGUGGGAUCCACGCACACCCUAGCUAUUCUCAGGCCCCAUACAAAGGGCAUUAAGGGCUAUGACAGAUGAACCAGACCCAGUUCUUUUUCAACCAUCUGUGCCUGAGACAGAGUGUUCAGUAGUGCUCACUUGCUUUGCUAGGUGUUUAUUGAAUCUUUACUUAGGACUACUAGAGAUUAAACAGAUUAAGUUUUAUUUUUAAUAGGUUUAGUUUAGUUAAAGGGGGCAAAAGUUCCGGGACGCUGUACCCUCUCUCCUUUACUGAAGACCUUUUUUCCUAGGGGUAUGCCUAAAUUCCCAGGAUGUAAUUAUUGCCUCAGAUGGUAGGAGUCCAUCCCAGUUAGUGAUGGCCACUUGCACUGUAUCCACUGUUCGGAGGAUACUUAUGUGCUUUCUAAGUGCAAGAUUUGCUUGGGAUUCAAGAGUCAUUACAGGACAGACAGCGACAUAUGGAGACAUACAGGACAGACAGGGACUCCCUCCAACCUGUAUCAGAUCCAAGCCCAGAUACCCCACUGUAUAUCAGUUUAAGUGACCUCAACACACUGUCUAGUUCUGCAGCUCGAUCACCUUCUUGACUAUUGUGCAAAAGAGAUUUGUGGUUCCCUGGUACCCAUGCGAACUGUCAGAUAAUCUGCUCCUCCACCUGUGUCUAUGCCCGCCCCCUUUUCUGGAUUGUCCAGAAGACAACAGCUCUUCUGAUUCAAAAUAUUCUAUCCAAGGUUGUUCACCUACUUCAGCCUGAUUUUCCUGGAGCUUUUUCCUCAAGGGACACUUCAAGACUCAAGGAUAGUAACACUCACAGCUAUCAUACCAUCUCUAGAUCCUAGGGAUUGGUUCACAACCCUCAAACUACAAGAUACAUAUUUUCAUAUUGUGAUCCAUCCUUCUCACAAGAGGUUUCUGUGAUCUGUCAUCAGUCAAAAGCACUUUCAGUAUUGAGUGCUUUCCUUCAGGCUCUCUACUGCCCCCAGGACAUUUGCAAAGGUUAUGGCAAUUGUCGCCACUCUGCUUCAUUGCUGGGGAGUCAUAGUCUUCCCUUACCUCAAUGACUGACUGCUUAAAGGAUGCUCUUGCAUUGAGGUCCAGGUUGCCAUCAAGAGAGCUUCAGCCAUGUUCACCAUGCUAGGACUUCAAUUCGACAUUGAGAAGUCUUCUCUUAUGUGCUCAGCAAAUACAACAUCCAGAGCUUACCUAUUGGAAGACAGAUUUCUUAUUCUGACACAUUUGAUUACACGUGUCCCAUUGAGCCUUUGCAGCUCCUCAGUCACAUGGUGGCAUCUGUCUUCAUCGUGCUACAUUCCCACUUGCACUUCUGCUGUUUCCAGGUUUGGCUCAAGACAUUUAUACCCCAACAGAGACAGUUUGAAAGGUGCUCUCCAUUCCUCAGCAUGUGCUAAAAUCCACAGAAGGUCUGCUGAGGAGUCCCUUUCAACUAUCCAUUUCCUGUCAUCCCAUAGCUUCAGAUGCCUCCCUUCUAGGAUGGUGAACUCCCUUUUAGGACCAUACUGUUGAGGGCAGAUGGUCUGACCACAAUCUACUCUCCAUAUCAACUUGCUGAUGCUCAUGGCAAUCAAAUACGCUUGCUUCUAGAUUCAUUAAAGGGCUAUCUAACCUGUUUCCAAAUAUCAAGGAACUCAUCCCAACCUGGGAUUUGAACUUAAUUGUCACCUCUCUGAUGAAGCUUCCCUUUGAAACUCUGGCUGUGUCUUCACUUUUACACCUAUCCCUGAAAACCACUUUUUUUGUGGCUAUAUCAUUUCUGGUUGGAGAGUUGGUAAGUUAAGUACUUUGAUGGCUAACCAUCACCCUCCAUGCUCUUUUCUUUAAAGACAAGGUAUCCCUCUGCCCACAUCCUGGGUUCUUACCUAACAUCACAUCAGACUAUUCAUCUUCUGGUUUUUCACCCUAAACCUCAUCCAGAACCUUCACACCUUGAAUAUUUGGAGGACUUUAGCCUUCUGUUUGGACAGGACUAGAGCUAUUUAAUUUUUUUUCCCCUCAUUUUGGACAUGGUUAAAGGUACACCUGUGUCCACAGAGUCUAAAUGGGUUUCCAGUUGUAUUCUGUCCCGCUACAAAUUGCUGGUGUCCAACAGCCUGCGAGCAAAAACUUUUACUAACCUUUCUGUAGCUGUUGUUCUUCGAGAUGUAUUGCACGUGUCCAUUCCAAUGCAGGUGUGUGCGUGUCCUGAGCACAGUUGGUCGACUUUUUCCCUGAGUGGCAUCUGUCAGGUCAGCUCCAGCACCCUCUGGUGCCACAUGCUCAGAGCUGGUAUAAACAGCUUUGCCAAUCCUGCACCCCCUCAGUUUCCUCUGACCCUCUGACUCCGAUAAGAGGGGAAGGUAGGUGGGUUUUGGAAUGGACAUGUGCAACACGUCUCAAAAAAUAGUUACAGAAAGGUUAGUAACUGGUUCUUCUUCGAAUGCUUGCACAUGUCUAUUCCAGUGUAGGUGACUCUCAAGUAGUUGCACAGGAAGUGGGCACAGAGUUCAGGAACAAGCUGACUGCAAGACUGUGGGGCCGAAGUUGGCAUUCUCUCUGGCUUGCUGGGUGAUGGCAUAGUACAUUGAGAACAUGUGCACUGAAGACCAGGUUGCUGCCCUGAAGAUGUCCUGAAUGGGACUUGUGCUAAGAAAGCAGACUAGUAGGCCUGUGAUCUUGUAGAAUGAGCUGUCAGGUUUGCCUGCCAGUUUGUAGCAUGCAUGAAUUCAUGAUGUAAUCCAGGAUGAGAUUCUCUGGGCGGAGAUGGGAAGGCCUUUCAUCCUCUCUGCUAUUGCUGUGAACAACGGGGUUGAUCUGCAAAAUGGCUUGGUUCUUUGUAUAUAAACACGAGGGCACAUCUAACAUCAAGGAGUGUAGAGGUUGCCCCUCCCUAUUUGUACGUGGCUUUGGGAAGACAACUGGUGACUGCUUAACUGCAAUGGAAUUGCGAAACUACUUUUGGGAGGAAUUCCGGAUGAAGGCACAGCUGCACCUUAUCCUUAAAGAAGAUUGUAUAUGGGGACUCCAAUGCGAGGGCACAGAUCUCCGAAACCCUUCUGCCCGAGGUGGUGACCAUCAAGAAAGCUGCUUUCCAGGAGAGGUGCAUCAACGAGAACAUUGCCAGCAGCUCGAACGGGGAACCCAUAAGUUUUGACAAGAUGAGGUUUAGAUCCCAGGGAGGAACAGGCUCUCUUAAGUGGGGGAAUAACCUCUCCAGGCCUUUAAGAAAACAGAUUACCAUCUUCUGUGAAAAGACAGACUGGUUGUCAAGCCAGGGAUGGAAGGCCGAUACCAUUGCUAGGUGGACUUUGGCUGAAGAAAUAGCCAGUUCCUGUUUCAGAUGCAAAAGAUACUCCAAUAUAAAUUGCAGUGGGGAUUGGGCAGAACUCCACCUUGGCAGGACUAGAGGGAGAAUCACUUCCAUUUUGCAAGGUAAGUGGUCCUGGUGGAGGGUUUUCUACUGUCUAGAAGAACUCUACAGACUUGCUCUGAGCAAGCUUGCUCCUCGGGAUUCAGCCAUGGAGUUUCCAGGCCAUCAGAUUAAGAGGGUGGAGCAGCUGCCUGUGGUCUCAGGAGAUCAGAUCUGGGUGUAGCGGAAGCAGGAGCAGUGUUUCCAUCGAGAGGCCUAACAGGGUUGUGAACCAAUGCUGCCUGUGCCAUGCUAGGGCUAUGAGACUGACCCGUGCCCAAUCCUGGUUGAUCUUCAUUAGAACCUUGUGUAUCAUUGGGAUAGGACGAAAAGCGUAAUACAGGUGAUCUGCCCAUGAUAGCAGGAAGGCGUCUGUAAGAGACCCUGGGCUGUUGCCUCGCAGGGAAGAGAACUGGUGGAAAAUUGAUAUGUGGAACUUUGCAUCCUUUAAAUUGAGGGCGGCAUACCAAGCGCCCGGAUCCAGAGAGGGAAUGAUGGAAGCCAGGGAGACCAUCCAGAACUUAAAGUUUGAGAUAGUGGUUGAGAUGACACAGUUUUAGGAUAGGUCUGAGACCAUCCUUGACUUUCAGUAUUAGGAAAUAAUGGGAAUAAAAUUUCUUUCCUCUUAAGUGACACGGAACCUCUAUUAUGGCUCCCACCCAAAGGAGGGAUUGGAUGACUUCUUCCAACAGUUGCUUGUGAGAAGGGUCCCUGAAAAGGAAUGGGGUGGAGGGGGGAAGGUGGGGUAGACAGAAACUGGAGGGUGCAUCCCACUGCUAUUAUGCUGAGGUACCCAACAGUCUGAAGUAAUGCAAGUCCAGGCAUCAAAGAAGUGGGACAGGCAGCUUGAAAACACAGAAUCCAAUAUUGCGGGGAUUGAAAUGCGAUGUGCUGCAGGCAGUGCAGGACUUGAAGCCCGGUGACUGAGGCAUGCCCCACCAUCAGAAGUGGACGAACCUUGCUAACUAAGCACAAAGGAGUCCAGCAACUAUCACUACUAUAACUAUAUACACUGGAAAAGAAAAGAAAUAACGGAAAAACCACUUGGAAAUUUGCCUGAAGCAACAAGAAUUGUUCCAGCAAUCAUCAGGCAGUAAGAAGGAACUGAGGGGAUGCAGGGUCAGGGAGGCCCUUUAUAACGAUGCUAUGAGUGCGUGACACCAGAGGGCACUGGAGCAGACUCUAUGGAUACCAUUAGGGGAAAAAAUUCUGGCAACUAUGCGUGGGGUGCACAUGCAUGCGUGCACACACUUCCAUUGGAAUGGACAUGUGCAAGCACUUGAAGAAUUAUAGCUCUUUCCACAAGAUGUCUGUUUCUUUUGCCCCAUUGAAUGGCAUCCCUAUUGCAGAAAUCUGCCACGAAUCUCCCCAUGUUCAAGGUACUAUGCUUUGGAGUGGAUGCUACAUUUGGGUCUGCUAUUCUUCAGUCAGUUUUAAUCAUAUUCCACAUGCUCUUCUCCCUGGAUGACAUAAUAUGGUGCACCAUGGAUACCAUUGUCACAAGAGGUAGGAAACUCACUUCACAAAAUGGCAGUCUGCAGGUUCUUUAAUUACAGUAGGCUAAACAGCGAUCUGAGUUAAGUUUCCAAGAUGUUAAUGUUUCCUUUUACACUUCCCAAUUAUUGUAUGCCUGCAGUGGUUUGUUAGAGUUGUUCAAUGAAAAACAUACUAAACACUUUUUAAGAGCUAUGAAUUUGAUACCUUUUAAGAAGUUUCCAAUGUUAAUCACUUUGAACAGAAUGGAUCUAAUUGUUCUUACACCUAUUAUAUCUACUGAAGUACAUGAAGUUGCACUAAUGCAACAGAGCACUGUCUACUGAUGGUAGUAUAGGAUGUAUAAUCCCCUAUUGACAAAUAUAAAGUCAAAAUAUAAGUAUAUAAAAUAUAAAGUCAAAAUACAAGUUUUGCUUUUAGGAAUUGGGUAUCUUUCUGCCCUAGUGGGACCAUUAUGUAGUUUUUAGGUUACCACUUUUAGCUUGUAAGUUUUUGCAUGUUUCCCCUGUUUCACCAUGUAUUGCAGUGUGAACUCUUGCAGCUUUAAAAACUGAAUUGAAUCUAGUUCACUAUAUAUAAAUUUUAAAAAAGGCAAAAGUUUUAGUAUCUGUACACAUGUAGUAUUCUGCAACAGGAAAAAAACUAAACCGCAUCAAUCUGCUUGUGUAUAGGCAACAUGUUAAAUAGCAAGAGUGGUAGCUGUACUGUAUACAAGACAGACUAGCUGAACUGUUUUUACCACUGUGCAGGGUUAGACAAUGCUGACAAACAUCCUACAGCAUCCACUCUUGGAGCCAAAUCUACUGAAGCACUGGUGCAAGAAAUCACAGGGUUUUCCACAUGAUGGGGUAAUGGACUCUACUGGGGUGUGAUUUCUAAAAUCUAACAGACUGCAUUAAUUGGUCUGUUAACAUUAAAUGUUAGUUAUAUAGGGUCUAUAUGGACCAAUUUAUGUGCAGCCUGUAGGUGCUCUUUAGAAACAGGAGAGACAACUUGCAGUUGUUACACAGGAGGUCUGCCUGUGCCAGGGUGGCUACAGUCAAGGCUUCUCUAAAUGGUGGGGGUAAUGUGGCUUGAUUCAUUAGUAUUUGCAAAAUGAAAUGCUGUACGUGAAAAGUACAAACCAUUCUAUUGUAUCCUCUUGUACACUACUAACAGUUUUAUUCAGAUGACUUUUUUGGCAUGACAAACUGUACAAGCAUUGCCAAAGUGGUUUUAAAAAAAACAAAAAAACAACUUGAGGUACCUGUCAGAGAUCUGAUCUACCUACCAUUGGGUUACACAAUUUAAGCCUACCCCGUUCUAGAUACAAGUUAAUUGAAACUCUCAUUCAUGUAAGGUAACAGAGAGGAACAGCUGUAAGGUCUGAAUUAUAGGCCAGUAAUUUUGGUGCCUAAAGAAAUGAUUAGGGGACUUCCCUAUAAUGUAAACAUGGAUUUACUGACUAAAGUCAGGGAUGCAGUUUUUUUAAGUAAGAUGAAUAGUGCUAAUGUACCUUACGACAAGUUUAGAGCUCUAGUCAAGUGAAAAAGGGGAAAAAUCCAAGAGCCAUGAAAGUUACUGUAAUACAACUGGUGUUUAACAGCCACUAACUAAAAAAAAAAACCUGCAGUUGUCUUCAGUGUGAUAAAUUACUAACUUUUGAUGUUUGUUUACGUUAAGGCCUCUGAUCAAGUGAGUUUAAGGGAGAGUUUUUAGGAGCAGAAUUCAAUUUAAGGGUUUAUGUAUUCUCAAUUGUAUAGUAAUAAAGUAUGAUGGAAUUUGCUACACUACUUGCAUUUUAAACAAAUUGACUGCACUACCUCAACAGGCUUCUGCAAAUGAUUUGUAGAGUAGUUAGUAUCUGCACUCAAGGUGUGGGUUUGGACCAUGCUAGUGCUGGCAAUGAACUCCCUUUAACACUUCUGUAUUAGACAUAGAAGCUUUAAUAGCAUCUUGUUUUGUAACUUCUUGUCUUGAAGAGUGCUAUAGCAAGUUGUCUGGAUUAGUGUGAACUCUACUCCCUCUGAGUACCCUACUGAAUGCUAUUUGUGAUUGUGUAAAAUACACUAGUAGUUAGAACAACAGACUUACCUAUAGAACACAAAUUGGCUCAUUUCUUUCAAACAGACUGCAUAAUUUUAAUUACUGGAGUGGGAAAAAGUUGUAACUGAGGCUUACAACUGUGGAAUGGAAGGUUAAGUGAUUUCUAAUUUCUACAAGGAACAAGUAUCACAAAAAUGGGAAGCGAGACUUAAACAUACUCACAUCCACCCUUAGCAUGGUUUAGAGUUGUCCUGCAAUGUUGGACAAAAGGACCCUGCUCGUGUGUAACGUUCUGGUAGACACAGUAAAGUAACAACUGAUUAGGGUUUACUUAUUCCCUUAAUAGGGUUUACUAGUGCCACAUAAAUCAGUAAAGCAAGACAAGCUUUCAUAAAAUUCAGUCCAAUUAAAUGUUUAGUUUUAGUGCAACUUGCCCCUGACUGGAUAACAACAAAACCAUGCACUGCAUAUGCUGAAAGAAGGAAUUAAGAACAAUGAAAUUUCUUAAACUGAUAGUUCAGUUAUUUCAGCUAAUAGUGGACAUAUCUUGUUAACUUAGUGGGUAUUAUACCAAUUCCCUGGAAUGCUUCAGUGUUAUGUGUCAGUUUAUAUUCUUGAACCAUAAUGCAUUAUAGUUCACACAUUUAUUUAAACCAAAGUUUACCUGAAUAAAUCUUAUUUAAGAUUCCUCAUAAAUGAGGGUAAUAGUUUUAUUCAAUGGCAGUGCAAAAAUAUUUAAUGCCCUAGGUUUUUCCCCCCCUAUAUUCUAAAUGUAGUGACUAAUAGCUUACACAUAAAAUCUGACAGCACAUUUGGUAUUGUACAUGCUUUAUUAAAAUGGUACUUGUAUUUACAGUAUCUGCAGAAACAAUCCCUCCCAAGUCUUGCAGUCAGACACCCACCCAGAGAUGCACACACCCUCACUACAGCAUUGUGAAGGCUAGGCUCCCAAAAAUUAGGCAGCUCCUGGGGGUGGGGGAGCAUGGUGGGGUGGUUUAAUUAUUUAAAAAGAAGCAUGAGGGAAUGCAUUUGGCCAUCACAAUGCUAAUUAAGUUUAUGUAUAUUAACAUAUGGCAGUAACACUGAGUAGUCCUUUUCCAUUCUAUAUACAGAAUGAUAUCAAGGUUUGCAAGUCAACAGAACAUUCUAACUUCAGUCUCAAUGGUGCUUAUUGUGACUUUGAAACCACAUAGUGGGGGCUUUCCCUUAAAACAAUUCAAGUCUAUUUAAGUGAAAUAAGGCACAAUUAAUAUUGAUUUGAUUUAGGGGAAGGGUAAAAGGCAGGCUUCAGCUGAUAGUUGUUGUAAAGAAAUUAGUUUUGCCAGAUCCUUUUGAGACAGAGGUCACUGGUACAUCCUUCAAAUCUGCAAAGAUGUCUCUCAAGAAAACUGAAGUUUUUCUGCCAGGGCUACUUCUGCCCACAUGCAAAACAAAUUUGGAAAUUCACAUUUUAACACCAGUUUCAGUGGCCCAGACUUUAGUAUUGAUGUACGUGAGUAAAUAUUUUUAAUGCAGGAGAAAACAUGUGAAACAAAACUGAACGCUUUCAUUUUCUUAAACUUAGAGCCUGUAAGUAUGGACUAUGUGAAGGCUUCAUCUUACUGAUAAAAAGGAGUAGGGUUUUUUUUUUUAAACCUUUUACAUCCCUAGCCCCUCUUCAUAAAUGAAGCCUUACCACACAUUACAAAUAAACUGCAACAAAAAAUUUGGCAGCACAAAUGAUGCCUAGUAUUCAAAUCUUCAUUGUGUGUUAUUUUCUUUGUACAAAACCUGUUGAAUGUUUUUUGCAGCAGAUGAACUGUACCCAAAGAUGCAAGACAUUGUGAUGGGGGAAUAAGAGGUUUCAGUUCUGAAGGCCCCGACUUUGGUUUUUGCAAAGUUCAAUCCUGUUUAGUGUGUUCCUUGAUAUCCUCCUCAUCUGUAUAUUCUGAUGGUUCUUCUCCUGGUUUUAGGAGUCUACCUACGUAGUCAUAUUUUUCUGGAAAAGAUGUGUGUCAAUUACAAUCAAAUUCAGCUAUUUCCACUAAAUCUCUUUCCUGUAACUAAUGCACAUUACAAAUCAGGGUUUUUUUUCCCCCUUUCAUGCUAAGGUUCUGAUUCUACAUAACUGCAGUCAAAGGAAUUUUAAAAACUGACUGACAGCAAGACCCUGAAAUAUCUUUAGAGGGAUUUUCCACUUGUCCGUUCUUUGACCACUCUUUCCCACAACUGAACAAUAGGUGAAAAUUCUAUCCUUGUACCCUUUGCAACCCUGUUGAUUUUAGUGUGGUUUGAAAAUUGACUUAAAAGUUGCAUUAUUUUCAUCAGGAGCUUAAAGACAAAACUGAUCAGUACUACACCCAAACAAGAAAGAUUAAAUAGAAUCUACCCUAAACAUCUUAUGACUAAGGUGCCAUAUUCUAUUAGUCAGUCACUCCAAGAGCUGUUAUGUCAGUGGAGUGAAAUUCUUUAACACAUCAAGUCUGAAACAUGACAUUUUCUAUUUAGCUAUUUAUAAAAACAAAACUAAUUAAAAAUACAUACAUGGGCACUAUUAAAACGCCUUCUAGAGCUGAAACUCAGUAAGUCAGAAUUCCUUUUCCAAGAAGAUAAAAAUAUUGCCACAACUUCUGUACAGUGAGCAAGAAACAUCUUUUAAAAAGCCCCCAACCAUUUGUCAUUUUGACAGAUUAGUAGUAUAAGUAAACAAUUAUGUUUUGCUAGUUUAAAAAGUUACCUUUAAAUUGCAUUUCCCAUUCUCUAACACUUUCCAUUUGUACAGCAUUUAAGUCCGAUAGGUCAUCAUAUUCAUCUCUGAGUGCAUCUUUAUCUAGACAGAAAGUUGCUAGUCCCCUGGAGGCAUCUCUGCCAGCAAAUAUUCCAUAUGGACCCUCUGAAAAUAGAAAACAAAAUUGAUAUUUUCAAACACUUGAGUAAGAUGCAUGUGGCAGAAACAGCAGGGAAAACAAGACUUUACGUCAUCCCAUAUUUCUGGAGGAGUUGUUGGGAACAGCAGUAUUGUAAUGUUGAGAAGCGUUUAGUGGCACUGCAGCUCCACACUGGGCAUCACUAUGAGAUGGACAGGGAAGGCUGACAAGAAAAGCAAAGGCAGGAAAAAAUAAAUAUUUUACACAGGUAUCUGACAAGACCAAACCACAAGUCAAACUGUCAUCUUAUGUGAGAAAGUCAUUUCAAGUGCUUCUGCAGUCUGAGGGUGAAGGCACAGGAGAACAGAAUGAGAAAGGAAAAACUUUUCUACUAGUACUACAUACAUACAAAAGAGACCAUUUAAGUUUGACUCAGCCCUAUUACUUCAAGUCCUGGCAACAUCUUAAAAUGGAAAUCCAUUAUAGACUUGCAACUUAAGUUCCCUGAUGUUAGGUCAUUGAACUCAACUGUGAUACCAAGGGUGGAAGAACAGCUUUUUAUUGUAAAAUCAGGGUAUUGGUCCAACCAUGUCACACAAUUCUUUUAAAGAUAUGCGUUAUGAACCAUCAAACUCAGUAUUCUUAUAAAGUUGACCCUAACACAAUGAAAUGAAGCAAUUACACUGGUCUGAUUCCAAGUUAUUCUGUAAUGAAGAUCUGUACUGCAAGAUGUCUAAUGUUGAUGGUGUAAAUCAGUUAACCAUUUAGUCCUAAAAGGCUAAUAACCAGCUUACUGCAAAGUGGAGUCAAAGUCAAAGCGUAUCAGUGUUUAAAGGGGCAUACAACUGUUUAUUUUAAACAAGUUUACUAGUUUUCUAAUAGAGUUUACUUUAUCAUUUGUAUUGUUUACUUUUUAUUUCUCAGGCAGAGUAAUGAAACUUGAUGGAAGUCCAUUUUAUUUUCAGAUUCUCCAUUCUGCCACACUUGGGUUUCAAACACUGCAAUAGUGUCUUAAACUUUUUUUUCCAUUCACAGCUAUUUAUUCCCAGUCAUGGACGCUUAUCUACUGACCUUAUUUCUAAAAGCAAAUCUAAGUUUGUGAUUAAAACUGAGUUGAGAACAAUGCCAGUUAUUUCC